GUGAUACGGGAAAAGGUGGUAAAAUCCCCAACCCAGUCCCUCUCCUAGGGCUCUCCAUCUUAAGAGGCACAAACAGGAGCCAGCGCAGUGCCCGACAGCCCCACGCCGGAUUCUCCCACAGAGAGGAACUCGGCCCCAAACCCCGGAGGCCCGCGCAGAACGCCUCCGGAGGAGCCCCCGCAGACGCCAUACUAAAAGCCAAAAUGGCUGCUCCAAGGAAGCCCGCACCGCGCAGCCAGUGAGGUCUGGGUAACAAGCUUCUGCGGGAAAGGGGGAGGGGGGUUCUAGGAAGAGCCGUCUCCAGGACUAUCGCCCCCCGAGCCGCACAGGUUCUGGUUACAGCCACCCCUUGCCAUAUCUUUUGAAUUAUACUUGGAAAAAUAGUGGCUAGAGGAAAAAAAAUGAUUAAGUUUUUCCUCAUGGUGAAUAAACAAGGGCAGACCCGACUUUCUAAGUACUAUGAACAUGUGGAGAUUAAUAAGCGUACGCUUCUGGAAACAGAAGUCAUAAAGAGCUGUCUCUCUCGAUCCAAUGAACAAUGUUCUUUCAUUGAAUAUAAGGACUUUAAGCUGAUAUACCGGCAGUACGCAGCUCUCUUCAUUGUGGUUGGAGUUAAUGACACCGAGAACGAGAUGGCAAUUUAUGAAUUCAUCCAUAACUUUGUGGAAGUUUUAGAUGACUACUUCAGCCGAGUGAGUGAACUAGAUAUCAUGUUUAACUUGGAUAAAGUACACAUCAUUUUGGAUGAGAUGGUGUUAAAUGGCUGCAUUGUGGAAAUGAACAGGGCAAGAAUUCUUGCCCCUCUACUAAUUCUUGAUAAGAUGUCAGACAGCUGAAAACAGAGAGGCUCUGCCAGACAACAUCGGCUCAAAGGAAACGAGAAUACCAUGGAGCGCCUCUCAACAUCGCUGGCCCACAAGAACCUGGAAGACCAACACUGCAAAAUGGGCUAUCCUUCCAAAGACUUUUAAACACGUGUUUUCCACAGUUCCUAAACGGAAAACAAAAGUGUAUUUUAAAAUACGAUGUACAAAGAAAAAUUUUCUCUAAACAGAGACAAGUUUUAUUUUCUGACCAUAGCAUUUUUUUUUCCUCACUUGUUUAGAUUUUGUGUAGUACUAAGGGCAACUUUUUGGUAUCUGCUUGAAUUUGUGAAGAGAUAAAUUCAGGAAUAGCACCACCGGGUGGGAAGAAAAUGAGAGAGCCCUCCGUUGGCCAACAAACUGUUAAAAUUCACUUGAACAUGCAUAGCACUUUGAAUAAAAGUUUUCUGAAUGCUA